GUUAAUCUCGAUCACCGAAUUAUUCAAUAACAUUUUAUACGACCCCUGACGGAAAGAUAUAGAAAUAAACUUAGAUGUAUAUAUUAUCUGGAACAAAUUUAGAGUCAUUUCUGCUUUUACAUACGAAUGUUUUGUUUCUUCUGAAUUGAUAAAUCUAUAUACUCAUUAAAUUAUAUUAAAUACAUGUGACAUUUUUAAAGAUUUUGGCUUUAAAAUGUUAUUUUAUAAAAAUGUAACUUUGCAAAUAUAUUUUUAACAAAUUAAUACUAAAAUAAAUUUCAAUGGACCUACCUGUUAAUCCUGAGGUAGAAAAAGGUGAUGUAAAAACUGAUAUUGUGGAAAACAAAGUAGGCUCUGAAGAUUUAAAAGUAGAUAAUGAUAACACUGAUAUUUCCAUAAUGGAAGAGAAGAGGAUUGUUUGUCAAAUAAAACUUAAAAGUCCAGAAAGUACUGAGAAAAGUGAUUUAAAUAAACAAAAGGGAACAAAUCCAGUUAUAAUAACUGGAAGCCACAUUAAUAAAGAUAUAAAAACAUCAUCUGAUUUAUCAAGUGAAACUACUGAUAUACAAGUUCCAAAAAUUGUAUCUGAUACAUCAAGUAGUGGUAGUGGUUUAAAAUUAAGAGUUGCAUUAACAGAUUUGAAGGUCCCAAUUAUAAAAUCAGAAAGUUGCAAAAAUGUAGAUGUAAAAAAAUCAUUGGAGAUUCAAGAUGUCUUACAACCAUCCAAAGAAUCAUUUCAAGAAUCAACAAAAUUGGAUGAACUGAAUGUUUUUCAAGAAAUAAAUUCUCAAAAAUUAUCUGGAAAUUUUUUUCCAAAAUUAAAACAAGAAGGAAGAGCUAAAAUGUCAGCACCUUCUAAAGGUGAUCAUAAACAAAAUGAAGCUUUGUUGAAAUUGGUUAUGAGCAAAGAAUCGGGUGGAAGUGGUGUUAUAUUAAAGCCAUCUGAUCAACUUGCAAGAGCAAAAGCUGUUGGUAUGUCAGCUAAAAUUGCUAAUUUAAAAAGUAUGUUGAAUAGUGUAAUGAAAACUUCUUUAAGUCAAGUGCUAAGAACAAAAAUUGAUACUAAACAAGAAGAUAAAAGUCGUGAAGAAGAAAAGAGGACUACUGCAAAUGAGCAAGAAGAAACUAUUAAAAAGUCUGCUGAUAAUGAAAAAAGUAUUAAUUCAUUAAGUAUUAAAUCACCUGAUAAUAAUGAUUGUAAUUCAACAGUGAAAGAUUGCUUUAAAGAUGUAUCUCCUCACAUUGCUACAAGAAAAAGUUGUUCAUCUGAUGUAAAGCCAUUAAUUAAUGUAAAUAGAGCAAGAAAGAGUAUGCCAUCCUGGUCAGUAAAAAUUCAGCCUGUUAGUGGAACAUCUAAAACAUCAAUGUUGCAACCUGUUGUACUAACAAGAAAUCAAGCAGCAAAGAAAGCUAUGAAAAUGAAAGGUAGAAAACAAAAGCGUAGACAUUUUCGAGGAGCAACAUACAGUUUAUAUUUAAGUUCAAAAAGGAAGAAGAAGCAAAAGAAACAAGAAUCAACCGGUGGAAUUAAAGAUGAAGAAUCUAGUAUUACAGGGACAGAAACAACUGGAAGCUUUCUAGAUUCUGAAGAGGAAGGUGAAGGUGGUAGUUUCAUUAGUGAAAGCUGUUAUACACCUUCAGAAUCAUCCUUUCAAGAUGAAGAAAUGUCUUCGGAACAAAGUAAUAUAUCACCAACGCCAGUUUGUAAAGUAAAUCUGGAUUCAGCAGGUGAUGAUAAAGGAAAUUUAAGUACUUCUAAUAAUGAAAACCAGAAUUUUGAAGUGAAAAAUGAACAGAAAGAAAAAGUAGAAAUUCAAGAUGAGAAACUGAGAGAUGAUAAUCAAGAUAAUGUUUCUGUUGAAAAUGUUGUUAAAGAACAGUUAGAUAAGAUAGAGAAAUUGGGAGAGACACAUAAAUAUAAAAAGGAAGAAGAGGUAAUAAUUAAGACUCCAUCAAUGCAAAAUAAGCAGGAAGAAAAAGAAAAGGAAGCAAAUUUCAAUGAUGGUAUUCCUGUUUCUGAUGAAACUAUUAGAACAACUAUCAAAUUAAAAACUGAUGAAGCCCGAUUACCAGUUGAAGAUGCAGCCAUUGCAGAAUCAACUAUCACUCCUGAAGUGGAUUCUGAACAGAUUAUAGAAAAUGCAGCUGUUGAAAGGGAAGAUAUAAAAAUAGAAAAAUCUGUUUUACAUGAUGAUAUUGAAAUUAUUGAUACAUCAAAUUUGAAGGAUAAAAUGGAAAUAGAAGAGACUGCAAAUAGUGAAGGUGGGAGCAGUAUCGCUACUAUAGUAAAAACACGUGUAAGAUUAAAAAGGAGAAACACUGAUGAUCCACAAGAUCACCAAUGGAAAAAUGAUGAUACAGUUAGUUUAACUUCAUCUAUUUCAGCUGGGUCUGAAUCUGCUAUUAAUAGUGUGAAGAAAUCAAGAAAAAUGAAUUCAGAUAAUUUAUCAAGUACUGGACAUGUUGAAACAGAAUUUAUACCAAAGAUUGAUAUUGUUGUAAGUGAAGGUGGGAGCAGUAUCGCUACUAUAGUAAAAACACGUGUAAGAUUAAAAAGGAGAAACACUGAUGAUCCACAAGAUCACCAAUGGAAAAAUGAUGAUACAGUUAGUUUAACUUCAUCUAUUUCAGCUGGGUCUGAAUCUGCUAUUAAUAGUGUGAAGAAAUCAAGAAAAAUGAAUUCAGAUAAUUUAUCAAGUACUGGACAUGCUGAAACAGAAUUUAUACCAAAGAUUUAUGCUACGUCCUACGUGGCAGCGUCCAGCGACCACAAGUGGAAAAAAUCUUUGUACGCACAUCCAACUCGCAAGCGACUUCUGUCCAGAGUGGACGCAUGUUGUUUACAAAAUGGUGGCGAAACGACUUUGUUGAAUGUUUGCUAUGGAAAAUAUAACAAUAGCAUUAAAAUGGUAAAUUUGAUAGGUUUGUCUGCUCCACUUGGAAGCGCGUUUACACCCGUGGUCGCUGGACACUGCCACGUAGGACAUAGCCUUACUCUGCAUCAUUCUGGACUUCUUUGGCAGUGGGAAGCUGGGAUGUUUCCACUGUUGGCUUUGUCAUUUGCUUUCUGGUUGGUAGUGAUGGCACCAAGAUUUAACACCUGCCACAACUCUGUCCAAGAAAUUGUCCUCAGCACAAUAUCAGAGAAGAUGUUACAAGGACAAUCCCAUGCAAAGCCACCUCUGAUUUAUCACAACAAGAUGCCACCUUUAACAUCAUGUACCUGUUUGCAAGAACCUUUAGAUGCAUCUUCCAAUGUAACUACAGAAUCUAAAAUUUAUUGUCAAGCUCUAGAUUCUAUUGAUGAUAAACUAAUAGGUUGUUGUAAUUUCGUAACAAAUCAAAAAUUAGUUAGACCAUCUGUAAGGAUCCCUUUUACUGCCCUAUGUGAAUCACAUCUAUGGAGAUUUCGUCAUCAUCAUUGUUGUCCAGGAUGUGGAAUAUUUUGUACUCAGGGAAACUUUUUUCAAUGUUACACGACAACUGAUGGAAGACCUUGUUUACAUCUUUUCCAUAAACGCUGUCAAAUAAUUCAAGAUAAUGGUUAUUCACCAUUGUGUCCACAUUGUGGAUCAUCAAGUGAUUUUAAAAGUGUAUAUUUAGAAAUGAGUGCACCAACUCCUCCAGCAUUUUACCUAACUCAGAAACCUACCCUUACAGAUACUCCAAAAGCAAAAAUGGCAUUUAGCAGACUAGUUGAAGCAGAUGAAGCCGAGAGUGAUGAUUUACCAUCAAGAUCAUUUACUGUUCCUGAAACUGGAAAAAUUCUUUCUUCUGCUGGACUUCCACUGGGGCCAGAUCGUGUUCAAUUAGAAGCUCUUCUUGUAUCACUUGCCACAGAAAAAUCUUUAUGCCCUAGAUAUAAUGUAAAAAAUUUAUAUGAACCUGCAAAAGAAGGAGAUGUUGAUAAAGUUCUGCAUUUAUUAACAACUGGAAUUGAUCCAGAUUCCAAAUCUGAAGAAAAUGAACAUGAAACACCUCUUCAUGCAGCUGCUUCUGGUGGUCAUUUGGUUAUUGUGCAUUUACUUGUACAGGCUGGUGCACUAAUGGACCAAAUGGAUGAUCAUCUCUGUACUCCUUUAAUGCUUGCUGUAGAGAAAAAACAGGUAGCUGUAGCUCAGUAUCUAAUCAAGGCUGGUGCACAUUUAGAUGCCCGUGAUGAAGGUGGCUGGACACCAAUUGUUUGGGCAUCUGAACAUAAGCAUAUUGAUGUGAUACGUUUAUUGCUUGAACGAGGAGCUGACCCCAAUAUAAGAGAUAAUGAAGGAAACAUUGCUUUGCAUUGGUCAAAAAUCAAUAUCACAGAUAAUUAUUAUGGAGAAGAGGGCAUGACUGCAUUGCAUUUAGCUUCCAGAUGUGGUAGUGUUAAAAUGUGUAAAAUGAUACUUGAUACUGGAAGAAUUAAUGUUAAUAUUCAGGAUGAAGGUGGCUGGACACCAAUUGUUUGGGCAUCUGAACAUAAGCAUAUUGAUGUGAUACGUUUAUUGCUUGAACGAGGAGCUGACCCCAAUAUAAGAGAUAAUGUAACAAUUUUUUUUUAUGCAAAAUUUGAAGAUGUAGCACUAUGUGUUCAAUGGCUGACUGCAACUGUUCCCUGUGAUGACAAAAAUCAUAUUGAUUCAGAUCCAGAGAAUGUGGCCAGACAGUUGGAACUGAUCACUAAUUAUCCAGUCAUAAGUGAAAUAGAUAUAUCAAGAGGAAAAGAAUUAAAUCCAAUCCAGUGUGUGAAUGGCAUUGAUGGAGAACCAGCCCCAACUGAUUUUCUGUAUGUUACUGAAAAUUGUGAAACAUCACCAAUUCAUGUUGAUCGUACAAUUACUUCAUUACAAAGCUGCAGAUGUGAUGAUGAUUGUACUUCUCCUAAUUGUACCUGUGCCACUAUUAGCUUUAAAUGUUGGUAUGAUAAAGAAGGCCAUUUAUUGCCUGAAUUUAAUAUGUUGGAUCCUCCAAUGAUAUUUGAGUGCAAUAGAGCUUGUUUAUGUUGGAAAAAUUGUAAUAACCGAGUACUUCAACAUGGAGUAACGAGUAGAUUACAAUUGUUCCGAACAAAACAAAAGGGAUGGGGAGUUCGUGCAUUAAAAGAAAUUCCAAAAGGAUCCUUUAUAUGCGAAUACAUUGGAGAAAUAAUUUCUGAUUCUGAAGCUGACCAAAGAGAAGAUGAUUCAUAUCUAUUUGAUCUGGAUAAUAGAGAUGGAGAAACAUAUUGUUUAGAUGCUCGUUAUUAUGGUAAUAUCAGUAGAUUCAUUAAUCAUCUGUGUGAACCAAAUCUGGUUCCUGUAAAAAUAUUUGUAGAUCAUCAAGAUUUAAGUUUUCCUCGAAUUGCAUUCUUUAGUUCAAGAGACAUAAAACCAUUAGAAGAACUAGGUUUUGAUUAUGGUGAAAAAUUUUGGGUUAUCAAGUACAAGUGGUUUACAUGUGGUUGUGGCUCACCUAAGUGUAAAUAUUCCAAAGAAACAAUUCAUGAAACUCUAGCAAAUUACUAUCGCAGAUUGAAGGAAGAGCAGGUAGACGAACUUGACUUGAAUCCUCCUAUAUGUUGUCCUAUCAUGCCAACUGGUGAAUGUUAGAAGACAUUAUGAUCACACCUGUUGGUUUCCAGAGACUUUCAUAAAUUAAACAGUUAUAUCAAAAUAGGACAAAUUGGAUUUCAUUUUUCAUUUUUAUAGUAUUUGUCUAAAUUUUUCUGUCGGAUAUUGGAGAAUUUUUUUAAAAAUUCAUUACUCUCAGCAUAUUUGGAUUCAGCAAGAUUUCAUCAUCAGUUCUACAAAGUUAAAACAGUUAAACAUAUUUUUAUUUUGUAUUUAUUUAUCAGUUUUGCUGAUGUUAUAGUUAAAUUUGAAGAUUAUAACAUAAAUAAAGCAUUUUCAUACAAGUGGAUUUAGACAUUCAUAAACCAAAAAAUAUAUCUAACAAAUUUUUAUUUUCAUAAUUUUGUGAUGUUAUAGUUACAAUAAAUUAGGUGUGUAGUGAUUUUCUUAUGUUAUAAAUAUAUAAAAAUGUCAUUAAUUUAAUUGUCUCUCAUUUUGAUAUGACAUAUGACUUUGUAACUGAUUUUGUGUUUAAUUAUAAAAAUAUAUGUUUUUAUAUGGAGAAAAAAAAUGAGAAUUAAAUAUAUUUUAC